CACGCUCUCAUACUCAAGCUCACAUACGCACGCGCACUCGCACUUGUGUGUGUGUGGGGUAUGUACGUACCCCACACACACACACCCUUCCCCGCGCAUACCCUGGCAUAUCUACCAUUACCGAGCGCGAGCGGUGUCGGUGCCAUGUGCUUGACAAGGCAGCGUCUGAUUGCAGGAGCGAGAUCCCCAGCGACCCGAGCCUCGACCGCAGCUGACCGCGACCCCCCUGCCCCGCGCCCCGCCCCCCCGGAAGGACCUCCCCGCUCGGAGGGUCGAAGGCCUCGGCGGCCGCCCCUGGACUCUUGGUUGCCCGUCGGUGAGCGCCGGUUGGCGAGGCUCGGCGCGGGCGCGGCGGUCCCCUCGCGAUGAACAACGAGGGCGUGAGCAACAACAGCCCCCUGUCGACGGACACCCUGAACCUCGGCAUGAGCACGGGCGUGAGCGAGGUGGUGGGCGUGGUGGGCUCGACGCGGCGCACGUCGCGGGUCUGGCGCUACUUCGGGAUGGUCGACAACUGCCACUACAUCUGCCGCCUGUGCUCCUUCGUGGGCGCCUACACCAACACCACCAACAUGCGCAAGCACAUCCAGCACCACCACCCGGAGCGGUUCCAGGACAUCCUGGACCACACGCGGCCCACCACGCGCCCCUUCUACACCAACACGCUCACCCGCAUGCGGCCGCCGCAGCACUUCCCCGUCGCCGCCGCCGCCGCCCAGGGCCACACGUACCCGCUCGUGUACUCGCAGGGCGUCGCGCCCAAGAGGAUGAUCCUGCCCAAGCCCUCGGAGCUGAGCUUCGUGCACGCCCACGGCGGGGCCACGGACCACCCCCUGCCCCCGACGGCGCCCGCCCCGCCGCCGCAAGUGCCUUCGUCGCAGCACGCCCCCUUGAUCCUGGGGCCCACGCAGGCGCCCGCCACCUCGGGCUUGUCCUACUCCUCGCAGGCGCCGUCGGCCGCCGUGGCCUCGCUGUCGGUCUCGCCGGCGCACCCGAACACGGUGACCGCCUGCGAGCUCAGUCCCGAGGAGUCGAAGCUCGUGAACCAGUUCUUCCCUCCGCUAGGCGAAGCCACCGAGUGCUCAAGCGAUUCGGACACCACGUCCCGAGGUCUCCCGGGCGCCGAGGAGAGAGGCGGUGGCGAGUUCGGCCAAGGCGGCGAGGAAGUGCCCGUGUCCCUGUCGCCGGAGCAGUUCCUGUCGGAGGCCAGCGAGCGAGAACCCACCCCGGCCCCGCCCACGCCCACGCCCCCAAAGCCUGAGAGUUACCAGCUGCGGCACAACAACCACCUGACGAUCGUGCUGGAGGCCCUGGCGCGAGAUGAGGCCUUCAUGGACGUCACGCUCACCGCCCAGGGGAGGUCGCUCAAGGCCCACAAGUCUGUAUUGUCUGCCGUCAGCCCUUAUUUCCGAGGAGUGUUGCGGGACAACCCUUGCCAGCAUCCCAUCAUUAUCAUGCCACGGGAUGUUCGCUUCGAGGAGCUUUACAGCAUAGUCAAUUACAUUUACAAGGGUGAAAUGACAGUAGCAGCAGAAGAUCUGACCUCGUUACUGAAGACUGCAGAAAUUCUCCAAGUAUCGGGCCUGGCACCUUCAGAUUCGACAGCAACAGUGAACCCCAGCACAGAAUCUUGUGCUACCGGCAACGUCCGCUCUUCUUCUGCCUCCUCGUCCUCGUCGUCUUCCACCCACCAGGCUGGGGCAAGAACAGUUAGAGCCUCUAAGCCAACUCCUCAGGGAGUCGCCACACCGCCCGCCAGACCCAAAUCUCGAGACUGUAUGAUAAACCCGACGGAUUUCAUGGAUGUGGACAUGACUUGUGUUAAGGAGGAAGUAGCCAGUGGAGGAGAAGAAGAAGAGGAGAGUGCAAAUAACGAGGCUGCCCCUCCGCCCCCUGCAAACGAAAAUGGAAAGCAAGACGAAACCCAGGAAACAAGAAAUGGUUCCCCGACUAUAGAACACGUACAAGAGACAACUCCAGCAGUACCUGUCAGUCAAGUUCAAGAGCCCACGACCACAGCAGCCACGCCAAAUAUAAAAUCAGAACCUGGUGGUUCUGUAGAUCACCCCCCAGCCAGUACUGUUCCUGAAGACCCCGUACCAUUCAUGUGUCCACACUGCCAAGAAAUACACAGAAGUAACGAAAUGAUAAUGUCACAUCUCAGACUGAAACAUCCAAGUAAGCCCAGUUUUGUUUGCGGAUGUGGACGUGUGUUUGUGCGGCAGCUCCAGCACCAAGCCCACACAAGAGUGUGUUCUAGUUCGUCUUGAGAACUUGGUGCUAUCACUAAGAAGGACUUGCAGCUGCAAUGAAGAAAAUAUUAAAGUAAAUUAUUCUUUCUUUUUAAAAUGGUUUACUUAUUUAUUUAUUUAUUUUUAAUGACAGAGAAAAGAGGAAGUGCACUAUAAAUUCACCAUUUAUUUGAAGAGGUGAGAUAAAAAAAAUUCUGAAUCUUGUGAUUCUAACUUUCGGUCCAUAGUUUGAAAGGAGAAAUGAAGCAUAUAAAAAUGACAAUUAGGAAAACUGGGAAUUAUGCAUAUUUCAAAAGGGUUGCAUGUGAGGCCAAGAAAGAUUAAGAUUCUUGAUAUCUUGUAAUUUUUUUUUUCUUUUUUGUAAAUGUGGAAGGAGAAAAUUAAUGCCACGCAUAAUAGAUCAUCCAGUUUAAUUAAUGUAGGUAAAAUACAAAGGUCUCUUGAAAAAGCAGAAGCCACAUUUGAAGGAAAUAGAGUUACAGUUGCACGGAGGAAAAGAGUAAACAAUACUAGGUGAUUUUGAUUCAAUGAGAGAUCACUAAGGGCAUUGUUACGAAGAUAACCAAACUUUUACAGAUAAUUUUGUCAAUGGGAACUUUGUUUAAUGGAAACACAUGAGUACUCUACUGAUUGGUGCUUUUAGAUAUACAGAGAAGAAAAUCUGCCUAUACAGAUUAUUAGAACUGACAUACCAUCUCUGUGGUAGACUUCAGACUGGUGGGCAGCAACUUCUUAGAUGUAUCUCUUCUGUACUACAUUUGUACUCAGGAUUUUAUCACUUACCUAUGCAGGCAAUGCUGACAAACAGCUCCUCUGUCAUAACGUUCCCCUCAAGGUUGGAAAUCAUUGCAUACUUCACAUCUAAUUUCCAUCUGCGAAUUCUGAAGUUCAUUUUAUCCAUCCCUCUAGGUGUGUAGUGUAAUUCUCUCAUCAAAAGGUGCCUCUCAUUUUUUUUUUUUUUUGAACAUCCUACGGAAAAAAAUCUUCGGUAUAGAACUCCUUUUCUCUCCUUUGGCCAAAAUAGAAUAUUAUAAAUAAAUAUUUAUAGUAGGCUUUACAAUAUGGCUUUCACUCUUAGAUCUCUUGAUUUCAAAUUGUUUUUAUGUGACAUCCCACCCGAUUUAACCUUCAAGUUUGGCGUUAUUUGUGUACGCAAAAAUUGUGUAUGCAACCUAGAACUCCCGUCAUUUAUCCAUUGAUGUGCUUGCAUAUUUUGGCCAUCAGUUAACCAUACUUGCCAACACUUUUUCUGUUUAUUGAGGUUUCUUUUUUUAUAAAUCAAAACCUCAAGGUCCGUGUAUUACUGACUUUUUAUUGGUCUUUUCUCCAUACCAGAAGAAAGAAUCGGUCAGGGCAAAAAUGAUCUUGUCACCUCUUUUCAAUAAAAUGAGUGCAUUUAUAAUAAGGGCCUUUAAUUCACAAUCAGUAUUGACCUAAUGCUGCUACAAAUCAGACAAAUGUGUAUAUUUUUCAAACAGUGACUUCUAGCUAACAUGUGGCAGUUAAAAAGUAUAUAUAUAUAUCUUAGUUUUUAAAUGUUACAUAUUCUUGUCCAUAUUUUUAUGCCGAGGCAUAAAAAACCUGUGUAUACUUAAGCAACUUCUUUCAUGAAAUCUUUAUUGCCACUGAAAUUAAAGUGAUAUUCUUAAGAUAAAGGAUAUGUGUUUUUAAAGCUUAACACAGUGCUAGGUAAUUAUUUAUAUGUAAUUUGUUGUCAGGAGUAGUUUCAAUUUGAUGCUGAGCAUCUUUUCUUGUAUGUGAUUAUAUAGUAGUAUGGUGACAUACAGGGAGUAAAUUACCUGAAGAUAAAGUGAGAAGUUAGUUUAAAUAUCUGUAGAAUAGAGAAAGAGUGUAUUGUAAUUUCUUAAGCACAGUAAUAACAAACCUUCACUUAUGUACAUAUUUCCUGUACUGUAGUUGUAAUACAGAAGUUUUGUAUUAUAUUGCAAUACUUUUUGUCUUUAUAAGCAACAAAUUUCCUAUAAGAAGUUUGGAGAUAGAUUUUAGAUGAAAACUGUGUCAGUUUUUUAUUGAUGCUGAAAUAUUUUGGGAAAAAAGUUGUGAUUCUGUACAAAGUUCAAUAAACAACAAAUUUUA